CCACGACGGCAUGCGCGACAUCGAGAGGCGCGUUCCACACACACUCACGACCAGUCGCCUUGAAAAAUCCUUUGGCACAGCAGAGGUCAUAGGGAGGCGCUGAUCCCCACGACAUACCUCACACCACACACUCAACUCCUCGCAAGCAAUCACAAUGGGUGCCACUCGCGCGCAGAAGGAACUGUACUUCGCCAAGCUCAAGGACUUGGUCGCCAAGUAUCCCUCCAUCUUCGUGGUCAAUGUCGACAACGUCGGUUCCAACCAGAUGCAUCAAAUCCGUGUCGCGCUCCGCGGCAAGGGCAUCGUCGUGAUGGGCAAGAACACGAUGGUUCGCCGUGCCCUCCGCUCCAUCCUCGCGGAGUACCCCCAGUUCGAGCGUCUGCUCCCUCACGUCAAGGGCAACAUCGGUUUCGUUUUCACUUCGGACGACCUCAAGGAGAUUCGGGAGAUCAUCACGGCCAACAAAGUGGCUGCCCCCGCCCGUGCUGGUGCGCUUGCCCCCAAGGACGUCGUCAUCCCUGGCGGUAACACCGGUAUGGAGCCGGGUAAGACCUCCUUCUUCCAGGCUCUCGGUAUCCCGACCAAGAUCGCUCGUGGUACGAUCGAAAUCGUGACCGACGUCCAGGUCGUCACUGCCGGUACCCGUGUCGGCACGUCCGAGGCGACGCUGCUGAACAUGUUGAACAUCUCGCCGUUCACCUACGGUAUGUCGGUCGUCCAGAUCUUCGACCAGGGCAACGUCUUCACUCCGGAGGUCCUCGACGUCUCCGAGGAUGAGCUCCUCAAGCGCUUCAUGUCUGGUAUCACGACCAUCGCUGCCAUCUCGCUUGCGCUCCACUACCCGACCCUUGUGUCCGUCAUGCAUUCACUGGUCAACUCUUACAAGAACCUCCUCGCUGUCUCCAUUGCUACCGACUACACUUUCGAGGGCUCCGAGAAGAUCAAGGAGGUGCUUGCCAACCCGGAGGCUUUCGCUGCUGCUGCCGCCGCUGCGGCCCCUGCUGCCGAUGCUGCCCCCGCCGCCGCCGCUGCCGACGAGCCGGCCAAGAAGGAGGAAGAGGAGGAGUCGGACGACGAUAUGGGCUUCGGUCUCUUCGACUAGACGCUAUCUGUACGCACGCUAUCAUGCUAUGUAUCGUCGCACGCUCAAAAUACGGCGCGGGUCGCGCCCGUACUACUGUAUCGACUAAUCCACUUCGUUCGAGCUU